UAUUACGAUUUUCAACAAAGAAAGCCUCAUUCUACCAGAUGUACCGUUAAGUUCUGUGUGGGUAGUAGGCAGCAGUCUACGAACACACUUGGCAAUUGUAACUUUUAAUAUUUUUCAUGAAACUCAAUGAUACCACAGAGACCCAUGAAAGGGAAAAUCCUCAGCUGUUUGGCUAGAAAUACCCGUGCCUAACAUAAAGACUUUUUGAAGUUGAGGCUUAGGGUAGAGCAGCAGUGUUUAGUUCUCCAGUUGUUGAACGCAGACUGCUCUCUUGGCUGUUUUCCAGAGUAGCUAAAACUAGACCUUUCCUCAAUAGCUUUUUUUUUUUUUGUGGCAGUCAAAGACGGUUUGUUUUGAGGAGUAGCGUCGGAAGACAGGAAUUGUGCAGUUUGAUUUAGGACGGCUCCACACUGGACGUAAUUGACCCAUCUGGACUUGCGUUGUUCAGAAAUUAAUGCAGAAAUCACUACCGGAUAUCGUGCAUCGUUGAAAACUCCGACGAUUACCAUCUCCCUCCAGAUGCCCUGCCACCACUUCCGGAGAUCCCAGAUAGCCGGACUGGCCUGAGUGCUGCCCCACUGGGGCGAUUUCGUCCAGAAACUCGCCCAGCCUUUCGUUACUGCAGCGUGCGCAGCAUGGACUCCACAGACAGCGACCGGCCCGUGAGCUACAGCUCCACCACUUCUUCCGCCUCCUCCCGUGACAGCCAUUGUUCGCUGGGCAGCCGUGCCACGCUGGCGUCAAACAGCCACCUGGGGCUGGCCUCCUCCCCUCAGGACAGGGACACUGGGGCAAUACGGCUGGAACUGGUCCCUGCUCCACAGCUGGGCUGCAGGAGUGAACAGGAGAACCAGACGGAUAGGGAGAAGAGGGCUGAGAGCAAGGGACCCAGCAAACACAUCUUAACACAAAUCCCGACCGCUGAGCAGGCUGGCCCUAAGCUCCUUUACGUGGACAGGGUGGUCCAGGAAAUCCUAGACACUGAGCGGACCUAUGUACAGGACUUGAAGAGCAUUGUGCAGGAUUACCUUGAGUGCAUUUCCAGUCAGUCCCGACUGUUGCUGGGCAAAGAGGAAAGAGCAUCUCUCUUUGGCAAUAUCCGAGACAUUUACCACUUCAACAGUGACCUGCUUCAGGACUUGGAGAACUGCAAUGCCGACCCUGUGGCGAUAGCAGAGUGCUUUGUUGCAAAGAGUGAAGAGUUCCACAUAUACACUCAAUACUGUACCAACUACCCAAGAUCAGUGGCUGUGCUGACAGAAUGCAUGAGGAACAAAGCUCUGGCCAAGUUCUUCCGGGAGCGACAGGAAUCGCUGAAGCACUCCCUCCCGCUGGGAUCCUACCUGCUCAAGCCAGUCCAGAGGAUCCUGAAGUACCAUCUCCUCCUUCAUGAGAUCGCAAACCACUUGGAUAAGGACACAGAGGCCUAUGAUGUGGUACUGGAUGCCAUUGACACUAUGCAGAGAGUUGCAUGGCACAUCAAUGAUAUGAAGAGAAAACACGAGCAUGCUGUGAGGUUACAGGAGAUUCAAAGUUUACUCACCAAUUGGAAAGGCCCAGACUUGAUCAGCUAUGGGGAGCUGGUUCUAGAGGGAACGUUCCGCAUCCAGCGUGCCAAGAAUGAGCGCACUUUGUUUCUUUUUGAUAAACUACUGCUUAUUACAAAGAAAAGGGAAGAAUCCUACACGUACAAGGCCCACAUCUUGUGUUGUAAUCUGAUGCUGGUCGAAGUCAUACCAAAGGAACCUCUGAGCUUUAGUGUCUUCCAUUACAAGAAUCCAAAACUUCAACACACUGUGCAGGCAAAAUCCCAGCAGGACAAAAGACUGUGGAUUCUUCACUUAAAAAGACUAAUACUUGAAAACCACCCAGCUAAAAUUCCAGCCAAGGCUAAGCAAGCCAUUUUAGAGAUGGAUGCUGUGUAUCACCCUGGAUUCCAUUAUAGCCCUGAGGGUGAAAGGAAAGCUGCUUCGCACUCAAAAGACGGCACUACUCCUCGCAGGGUGAGAAGGAAGUCAGAACCCUCUGCAAGACUGCUAAGAACUUCAAAGCAAAAUGAUCCAGAUGUGCAAAAGAGAAUCAGCAUGGAAGGAUCUCUCCUGUCCCAGGCUGGCAAGCUGGACUUGAGCGAGGGGCAGCUGAGCUCCAGCAGGACAAAAGCUCACAGGGAUCUGGCCAGUAAAUCCCAGGAUUCCCUGGACCCAACCAGUGACACUGAGGAGAGUUUGCACAUGCAAGCAGGAGAGCUGGCUGAUGCAGAGGACGAAGAUGAGACUGAUCUGAGUAUGGGGCUGAAUUUCAAAAUCCAAAUGAAAGGUGCUCGGAAAAGGCUUAACAGCCAAGCUUCAGAGAACGUUGAAAAACGAAGAAGUAUUACUGCAGGUGCACAAGACUCUCAGGCAGCUGAAGGGUCUUUACCAAAUGGCGCAAGCUGUGUUGGCAACUUGUCUCACCCAAAAAUCAGACAACCUAACACAGCCCGGAGCUCCCACCUAGACACUAUUCUAGGUGGCGAUCACACCAUCAGGAACAUCUGGGCAGAUCACCAGAUCAGACAGGCGCUGUUUCCAAGUCGGCAGCCCACUCUGCAGGCCGAAGAAGAGGAGGACAUCUACCAGAUGUUCAUGCCGUCCGUUGCUGCUCCUUAUCCACGGGUGUCCCGAAUCAAGGAAGGGAGUCGAGGUUCUGGAAGGCCGUGCAGCUGGCAUGUUGAGCAGCUGCAACAAGAGUCACCCAAGGCCAGCGGAAAAGUCAUCAGAAGAGCCAGCAGUGUCGGAGAGAAAAAUUCGAGUUUUAAGGCUCCUGUUUCAAGGGACCGUAACAGACAAACCCACCAACCCAAUAGCUUGCAAAUAGAAGAGACGUCCAGCAAUAUUUCUGGUUCGGAUUCUGCAGAGCAGCUGACCAUUGACGACAUAGAAAAUGUGUAUGACAACAUCAGCUAUGAAGACUUGAAAUCGAUGGGUCUUAUCCGAAGGGACCAAGACUGUGUCCGUACUUCACAAGGAACAGCUGAAGAGAGAACAAGUUCAAACGUGCGCCCUAAAGAACGACAGGCAAGUCCAGCUGUUGCAGAAAGGAAAGACCAAUCUCCUCUGCUGGGCACCAACAAAUCCUGUUCUGAGGAUCUUGUUUCUUUUGGGAAAUGUGAGCUAAAAAUAGUUGAAGAGAACAUUUAUGACACUAUAGGUUUCUCUGAUCAGGUUCCACAACAACACAACAAGAAUUAUGCCGAAGCAGGUAAAAGGGACAGCUUGUUGGCGUUUGAAACGGAUUUUGCUGGCUGUGACAGUCUAGGCAGGUUCAUUUCUGAAGAAAGUCUUCAGUUCAGUGAAGAGGAUGCAUCGGACCACCGCGUGCCUGCAGAGCCUGAUUAUUCCGGUUGGGUGGACAGCUCUUCCAAUUCGGACUCCUUCUCCCACAGGUCGGCUGCAGACAAGAUGUCAGAACAAGUUGACGAGAUAUGGAAUGAUCUGGAGAACUACAUUAAAAAGAACGAGAAGAAACCAGAAUGUCUCCCCGCUGCCUUCCCUGUUAACAGGCAAGAUGCUCAGGAGACGCAUUCUGGUAAAGUGCCUGCUUUUCACAGACGGGAGACCACGGAAAACACUGAGCAUCAAACGUCGUUUUCCUUCACAGAGACUGUUGGCACCAUCAAGGCUGUUAAAAGCAAGUUAGCAAGGCUCAGCAGUGGCAGCUUUAGAUCUGAGGAAGGGGACAGCCACAGAGAAAGGUCUGUCUUUGGUCUCGGCAAGAGCUUCUCAAAUGACACGGGAAAUCUGGAGAACCCCCUGCUUUCCAGCAACAGCAUCCUCGCCCAUUCCAGUUCAGAAAGCAUAGAUUUGUCAGGUGAUAUUGUAGAUAAAACAAAGAAUAGGGUGUUUCUGAUGGCAAGGCAAUACAGCCAGAAGAUAAAGAAAGCCAACCAGCUUCUCAAAAUGAGAAGCCCAGAGCACGAGCAUGGACCUGGAAGACAGAAAGCAAAACCGAAAGACCUUGCAGCAAUACUGGAAGAAAAGAAACAGGGAGGAGCUGCCAUAGGUGCCAGGAUUGCAGAAUACUCUCAGCUGUAUGAGCAGAUCAUGUUCAGAGAGACCCCAUCCUGCACGCAGAAGGCCACACGUAGCCACGUAGGUGAGUCCUUUGUAGAACAGCAGUCCCCCCUGCAACACUGCUCUCAGCUGGAUUCUGACAACUCCCGACUCAGCGAGGACUGGCUGAACUCCACCUACAGUAACGGGGAGCUGGCGGACUUUGUUUCUUGGCCAAAUGAAACAGACUUCAAAGGGGAGAAUCAGAUGUCGGCUCCACAAUGGAAGCUGUCUCCUGCCUGCUCUGUCCCAGCUCUGAAAUCUGCUACACCCCCGUGUCCCCCAGCCCAGAGAUGGAGUGCCUUUGUGAACCAGCCCAACAAGGAAAACUUUAGCCAGGAGCACAUUUACAACUCUUUGGGGCGGCGGCCAGAAUCUGCCAAGCCACUUUCUUACAACAGAUGCCAGUCCUCAUCCUCAGUCAAAAUGAACAACAAAACUAUAGAAAUCGCUGGCAGUCGGUAUCCAAAAGAAAGGAAUCGGGUUGCCUCCAACCGAAAUUCAUUAGGGGAAAACAACUGUGGACUACCUUCACCUCACAGAACCGAGCAUUCUGCCCAGUCGGGACAUCAGCACAGUUCUUCUGAUCAGAAGCCAGAAAGCCGGUCGGACAUGAUACUUCAGGACUCCCAGCAGGUUUUGGUAGUGAACAGGAACUCCCCCCUGAAUGCUCACAUUGCCACACAGAACUACUUUGCCAAUUUUAAGGACACCGGGGAUGAAGAUGAUGAAGACUACGUUGAAAUCAAAUCUGAUGAUGAAGAUCAGGCCUCAGUUACGGAACAAAGCACAAAACAAGCCGCCUCAACACCAUCGGCCCAAGAGCACUUCAACAGGGGCCUGACACAGUCACUCAGCUUGCCCUGCACCCCUGUGAAGUCUUGUCAUGGCACCAUGAGCCCUGUUGUCUCGUUGGCUGCCCUCGCAGAUCACGACAAACUGAAUGAUUACCUUUGGAGUGUGCCUCCUGCAAACCAGCAGAAUAUUGUACAGUCCCUGAGAGAAAAAUUUCAGUGUCUCAGCUCCAGCAGUUUUGCUUGAGCCUCUUUUUAAUGCUGGUAUCUACAGUUGCUUGUGCAAACAGGUAUAAUGCACAUUUGUGUGGUGAUCUGACACCGCAGGUAGUACUGUAAUCCUUGUUAGACAGCAUAUAAUUUAAGGUCUGACAAUAACUUAAAAAACGUAUGUACAUGUAUAAAAAAUAAAUGCUUGUCUAUGUAUAUUUAAGAAAGCUUAAUAAAGAUCAAAGAUACUGCUUGUUUGUGGCUUACGAACCAAUAAAGUUACCGUAUUUGAAUUGUUCAGACAAGUCCAGUCCUGACUGUAACCAUGGGCUAAGAAUGAAAAGGGAUUUUAAUUCUGACUGCUGCCUUACAGAAACUGCUUAAAUCAAUAGUAAUUUUCUGUAUGACUAUGUUUAGAUGUUCUCAUGUGUCUUUGCAAAAUAUAGAACAGGGAAACUGAAUUAAUUCACUGUGUAAACAUGCACAGUUCUCCUUUGAGGCAGCAUACUGUACCUCUGUUAUAUAUUGACAAUACCCUAUUUUUGUAAAAAAACAAAUUAUUUUCUCACAUCAAAAGAGUAAGGAAAAUUCCAGAAAGCUUUUCUCAAUUAUGUGCAGUAAGAGAAAAGAGCAUUCAUGUACUUGCUUUGAACAGGAAAUCUAUAAAUUGGUGUAUUAAAUGAAGAUAAAAUAAGCAGUAGUUCCACCAAAAGAACAGAGAAAUUCAAAAAUACUUCCUAGAGCAUUAGAUUGUAACUGAAAAUUGGCAAACCUUCUGAUUUUAUAUAUGAAGGGUCAAAGUUUACAAAAUUAUUAAUCUACAUUAAAAACAAAAACACACAUUACUUAAAAAUGUCCCAAGUACUGUAUUUCUAUAAACUCCUGAAAAAUAUCCAAUGCAGUGUCUAAUAAAUUAGAUUUCAUUGGAUUACUUACUGUAUAUUUGAACUAUACUUGCUAGAACUGGUCUUCACUAAACCAAAACCAUUUUGAAGGAUUGGUCUGGGAAUCAAUAUAAAUGUUUUUGCUUUAAUUUCCAAUAACACAGUUGUUGCCUGCAUUACAGAGUACAGCUGUAUAUAAACAGUGCGGAGCUACUGAUUUUAAAAAAGACAUUCUAAGAAGCAUAGAUCAGUUAUUUUAAGUAUCUUGAAAACAUGUAGUAUAGCUAUAGCCUGUAAGAUACUAUGUAGUUAGCCUAAUUACCUACAGCAAGGAAUAUUAGCCUAUUAAAAAUGUCAAAAGAAUAAUGCACGCAUAUAUUUAAAAUCUAAAACCUUCAAGUGCAAACAUAGUUUCUUGCUAUUAGAAAUUAUAACUAUCUCUGGAUUUCUAAUGUAUUCAAGUAGUUUUUGCUUCAUAGAAAAUGUUAAUUUAAUUUCUAGAUGAUCACAUUUUAAAAAUAGGCAGUUUUAAAGGGAUGGUGUACAUUUUU